AUGGCCUCGGCAGGCAGCUCUCGGCACGGCUCCUCAGCAGGGCCUGGCAGCUCCUCGUUCCUCCGGCACGGCAGCUCCUCGGCAGGCAGCUCCUCCGGCACGGCGGCUCCUCAGCAUGCAGCUCCUCCGGCACGGCAGCUCCUCAGGCAGCAGCUCCUCGGCGGCAGCUCCUCGGCAGGCAGCUCUCCACAGCUCUCCGGCAGCUCCUCGGCACGGCUCGGCAGCAGCUCCUCGGCACGGCAGCUCUCGGCAGGCAGCUCCUCCGCUCAGGCAGGUAGCUCCUCUGGCACGGCGCUCCUCGGCAGGCAGCUCCUCCGGCAGGCAGCUCACGCCCUCGGUAGCUUCCGGCACGGCCUCCGGCAGGCAGCUCCGGCACGGCAGCUCCUCCGGCAGCUCCUAGCAGGCAGUUCGGCAGCUCCUCGGCACAGCAGCUCCUCCGGCAUCUCCUCCGCAGGCAGCUCCUCCGGCAUGGCCUCGGCUGGCAGCUCCUCCGGCACGGCGGCUCCUCAGCAGGCAGCUCUUCCACCACGGCAGCUCUUCGGCAGGCAGCUCGUCCGGCAACGGCAGCUCCUCCGGCACGCUUCGGCGGUCAGCUCCUCGGCAGGCAGCUCCUCCGGCAUGGCCUCGACAGGCAGCUCCUCCUGGACGGCCUCGGCAGGCAGCUCCUCCGGCACGGCGGCUCCUCAGCAUGCAGCUCCUCCGCUCCUCGGCAGGCAGCUCCUCCGGCACGGCCUCGGCAGGAAGCUCCUCCGGCACGGUAGCUCCUCCGGCACGCUAGCUCCUAGGCAGGUAGCUCCUCUGGCACGGCGGCUCCUCGGCAGGCAGCUCCUCAGCAGGCAGCUCUUCCGGCACGGCAGCUCCUCGGCAGCUCCUCCGGCACGACAGCUCCUCAGCAGGCAGCUCUUCCGGCACGGCAGCUCCUCGGCAGGCAGCUCCUCGGCAGGCAGCCUCCUCCGGCACGGCUCGGCAGGAAGCUCCUCCGGCACGGUAGCUCCUAGCAGGCAGCUCCUCCGGGACGGCAGCUUCGGCACGGCCUCGGCAGGAAGCUUCUCUGGCACGGCAGCUCCUCGGCACGGCUUCCCGCUCCCAGUUUUCCUCUCGAACGAAUGGGGAAAGGACGACUCUAGGGAAAGCCCAGAGGAAGGGACCCACAUUCCUCCAAGCGGCCUGAGGAGGCAGGAGAAUAACGGGCACAGGAAAAGUGGAGUAGGCGAGGUCACAUGGCAAAAGAGGUCGUCACUAACACAUCACAGAAGCACUGAAGAGUCUUUCCAGGAGAAUUGA